GCAACACGCAUGCGCAUUGCAUCGGCGAAGAUGGCGACGAACGGAGGAGGAAUGGAAGUGGACGGGGCAGGCGACCCUAGUGUUAUGGCUUCAGGGGUCACAGGGAGUGUGUCAGUAGCUCUGCAUCCCCUCGUAAUUCUCAACAUAUCUGACCACUGGAUACGGAUUCGUUCACAGGAAGGGCGCCCCAUGCAAGUGAUUGGUGCCCUUAUUGGAAAGCAGGAGGGUAGAAACAUAGAAGUAAUGAACUCCUUUGAGCUCCUGUCUCAUACUAUAGAUGACCGAGUACACAUUGAUAAGGAAUACUAUUAUACCAAGGAAGAACAAUUCAAACAGGUUUUCAAAGAAAUGGAGUUCCUUGGCUGGUACACCACUGGCGGUCCUCCUGAUUCGUCAGAUAUUCACAUUCACAAGCAGGUAUGUGAAAUAAUUGAGAGCCCCCUGUUCCUCAAGCUCAACCCAAUGACUAAACACACUGAUCUUCCAGUCAGUGUCUUUGAAUCUGUGAUUGACAUAAUUAACGGCGAGGCCACCAUGUUGUUUGCUGAGCUGACAUACACUCUGGCCACUGAAGAAGCCGAGAGAAUUGGUGUUGAUCAUGUAGCUCGCAUGACAGCAACAGGCACAGGGGAAAACUCAACAGUUGCUGAACAUCUUAUAGCCCAACACAGUGCAAUAAAGAUGCUGCACAGUCGAGUGAAAAUCAUUCUAGAGUAUGUCAAAGCUGUGGAAGCAGGAGAGGUGCCAUUUAAUCAUGAGAUUCUCAGAGAAGCAAACGCUCUCUGCCACAGACUUCCUGUCCUCAGCACCAUGAAGUUUAAAACAGACUUCUAUGAUCAAUGUAAUGACGUGGGUCUGAUGGCCUACUUAGGCACCAUCACCAAGACUUGUAACAGUAUGAAUCAGUUCAUCAACAAGUUUAACGUCCUGUACGACAGACAGGGCAUUGGCCGUAGGAUGAGAGGACUUUUCUUUUGAGCUGGCAUUAGCUAAAUAGACAGACAAGCAGCAGUUUUGGUCUUUUUGGGUUUGUGAAUUGAUUACCACACCUCAACU